AAGCUUCUCUGUCUCUCUCUCACUCGCAGGGUUCUUUGGAAUCUUCUAAACGAUGCCGAGGUAUUACUGUGAUUAUUGCGAUACUUAUCUCACUCACGAUUCCCCAUCAGUAAGGAAGCAGCACAAUGCUGGUUACAAGCACAAGGCGAAUGUGAGAAUAUACUAUCAGCAAUUUGAGGAACAACAAACCCAAAGUUUGAUUGAUCAGAGAAUUAAGCAACAUCUUGACCAAACUGGAGGGUAUCCACAGGUUGGUGCUGUGUUUAAUCAGCAUAUGCUCGCCAGACCUCGCCCUCCGAUGAUGCUACCACCUGGAGGUAUGCCUAUGGGUAUGCGACCUCCUGUUCUGCCUAGACCCAUGAUGCCUGGUCAAGGUUACAUGCCUCCUCCAGGAGUACCACAGAUGAUGGCACCGCCUGGCGCUCCUCUUCCUCCACCACCACAAAAUGGUAUUCUGAGGCCACCAGGAAUGGCUCCCAUACCAGGUCAAGGUGGUGGACCACCUCCCAAUUAUAAUGGACUACCUCCUCCCCCUCCUUAUCAUCCAAAUCCUGCUGCUCCACCAAGUGGUAGUUUCAACAAUCCGAACCUUAACAAUCCGAACCUCAGCAAUCUGAACCCCAACAAUCCGAACCCCAGUGCUGAAUCUCCUGAAAGCAAUGAGUAGAGUUAGGUCUGAAUGAAUCAUUUUUCUACUG